CUUCAAGAUCCUAAUCUGCGAAAUGAUGGCAACCACAUUUCACCAUUCAGUUGCGAAUUUCUUUCAUCUGAAUGUGAAGAGUUUCGUGUGUCUUCUUGAACCAUUCGAAUGAAUUCGCUGGCAGCAAUGCAGGAACUCAGCCAACUUGGCGGAUAUUUUCAAAAACUUGCUGCAGGCGGAUUCGUGAUCAACCCAUCUUCUUCUUCUUCCUCAUCGAACAAUUCCUCAUCUAACACUUCUUCGUCCAAUUUUCUAUCUCCAUAUGAGUAUCAAGAAUCCUCGACCUCACCACGUGACACUACAGAUUCAUCUGGUGAAUCCUCGUUGUCCUCUUCUGGCUCUUCAUCUUCACUGAAUGGUUCUUGUAAUGUUGCAGCCAAGUUGAUCAAGUUCCGCGGGCAUAACGUCGCCGCUUUUGACAUAAACGGCAAAGAAAUGAUUUGUUUGCCUCAGGUGUACGAGGUAUUUCUCAAAAAUAUGGUAGGAGGACUUCAUACGGUAUACACUAAACUCAAACGGUUGUACAUUCAUCCGAUGGUUUGCAAUGUAGAACAGGUGCGCGCCCUUCGAUCACUUGGAGCUAUCCAGCCGGGUGUCAACCGAUGUAAACUACUCAAGACUUCGGAUUUCGAGAAACUCUAUGACGAUUGUACAAGCACUUGUACCCGCCCUGGGCGCCCAUCAAAAAGAAGCUUUGAUGAUUGGAAUAACGGCGCAGUAAUAAUUAAGAAAGAUAAAACGGAUUCAGAGCCUGUGAAUGGGCCCGUAUUCAACCAACUAAUGCAACCGCAAAUGACGCCUCAACAAAUUUUGAUGCAACACUUUGUUGCGCUUUCUCAGAAGACGAAAAAUAGUUUUGAGAGAGCAGAUGAUGAUGAUCAAAAUCAGAGAGACGCUGAUGAUAUAACGCCAUUGAAUCUAAGUAAAAGUGGAGGAAAUUCUGAGAAUGACUCAGAUUCUUUAGAAAAUAUGAGAAAAGAAGAUUCCUCACCAAACACGUCUGUUAGUGAUCGUGGUGGCUCCAACUCAAAUUCAUUGUCAAUGUCAAUGGAGGCUGGGAGUAGUAGUAGUAGUGGCAAAAACGAUGAAGCUUCUAUGAUGAAUAAAGUAAUGUCCUUAAUUGAACUUGCUAGCCAACAGUUCAAGCAUGAAAGAGAAGAGCUAUGGAAAGAGCGAAGCGAAAUACAAGUUCUUCGAGAGAGUUUUCACAAGAUUGUGCAAGAAGAACGCGAUUUGCGCAAAAAGCUCGAAACUCAGAACAAGAAAUGCACGGCUUUCGAAAAACGCUACAAAUAUGUCAAAAAACAACUAUUGCUGGCGAAUGCGGACCUGAGAAGAUAUAAGGAAAAGGAGGAGCAGUCUUCGGACGGAAAUUCUGUGGAACUUUGAAGCUUUUUUUUUGAAAUCAAUUCAAUUUUUUUCAGAAUUACGAACUAAGUAUUUUUGUGUAGAAAAAAGCACUAAAUAAACUGUCAUAUG